CGCGCCGCGCCACGCCGCAUACCAAAACCAACGUUGACGACGAAAGUUAUCCGUUGCCGUGAAUGUGUUUUCUUCAAACUUGAGCUACUCGUUUGCGCGAGUUCCAGCGUGUCGAGUGCUCCGUAGGUCCGUACUUGCGAUACGCGAUCAAUGAUCCACGAUCGAUGAUUGGUGAUCAAUAAUCUACGAUAAACAGUGUUCGUCUUUCUCUUUCUUGUGUUCGUCGUUCAGUUUUGGUUUUUUCACGUGUGACAUGACACUCCGAAUCGAAUUCGAAUCCGUAAUGUGACGAGUUGACCAUACCGUUAUUAGCUAUUUUAUUACGAACUAUGUACUCGGGGAGCUUUACUCGACGCCUACACUGAAAUUGGCACCAUAAAAUUGUACGAAUUCACGACCAUCGCCAUGAAUUACGAAUACUUCAUUUCAUACGCUAGUCACAGAUUGCUCGGAUACACCAUCAGUCUAGCAUUCCUAUCGAUAUUAUGGAUAUCGUAUACUUCUGCCAAAGUAGUCAAUCACCCGUGCAACUCGAAUCAAAAUCAAAGUACGCGCUGCGUAAACGUACACAAUCCGGAGGCCACCGAUCAGCCAUAUCUCAGAUUUUCGCUACCAGCUGCAGCCAAUAAGGAUGAUCUCAACAGUAGUACUGACAGCAGCGACGACGGCAGCAACAAAAAUAAUCAAAAGUUACCAUUACCACCCGUUGAUAGAAUUAUUCGUGGCGUUUUACCAGCUCUAAUACGAAUACGCGAGAAUGCUUCAAAUUCCUCAACCUCGCCGAGUGUUUUAUUUCACGUAUGGAGCGAAUUAUUAAGACUGGACUUGAGUUUACCUAUCGAAAUUGGCGACGGCGACGGCGAUGGCGAGUUACGCAACAAGGCCAGCGUUUUCCUGGACGCGUCUUUUUUAUACGAUAACGAUGCGAUUGCAAUGCGAAAUGGUUUUCUCGUUUACUCAUCGUGCAAACAAUGCAACCACACAAAGCAGCAGCAGCAUCAACAGCAACAAAAUCAAAGCCUCUAUCACAUCCAGCGAUUAUUGUUGCGACUAUUCGUCAACGAACACAACCGAGUUGCCGGAAUAUUGCAACAAAAAUACGACGUUCGAGACGCGGGUGCUUUAUUCGAAAGUGCCAGAAAAAUAGUUGUCGCUCAAGUUCAACGAAUAACGUACGCUGAAUAUUUGCCGGCGCUUCUCGGACAAACGUUAGCUCAGACUAUGGAAACCACUUACGACCCCAACGUGGAAAAUGGAAUUUACCUGAGUGUAAAUGAAAUUUUUUUCAACGCCAUUAAAUACAGCGUAUCGCAUCUAAAUGUCAUCGCGCCCGAUGAAGAUACGAAGCAAUCCGAGCAGCUUUCGAUUCAAAAUACCAAUAAUGGGAAUUUAUUCAAUUUGGACCAAGAACAAACAGAAAAUGUAUUGAAAUCAAACAGAGCCCAUGGGUUACCGACUUAUGGCACAUGGAGAGAAUUCUGCGCUCAAAAAUUCAGCCAGUCUCGCGUAAAUAUUUCUAGUCAUUUAGAUGAUAAUCAAAUCGCAGCCAUCGAAUCGAUUUACAGUCGAUGGAGUGAUGCUGACUUGUUGAUCGGUGCACUGGCGGAGAAACCAGUGCCCGAAGGCUAUUUAGGUGCCACUUUGGCUUGUAUCCUUCAAAUGCAGUUUCAAAAUAUCAUCCAAGGUGAUAAAUAUUGGUACUCGCGCAGAAAUACCGAGCAGUCAUUUACCGCAGCUCAGCUCGAUGAAAUUGAAAAAAUCACGCUCAACAGUUUCUUGUGUUCAAACGCGGACGAUCUCAAAAACGUAGUAAAAAACGCAUUCGGCAUUUACAAUCCGGAAACAAAUCCGUCAAUCGAUUGCACUUUGCUACCAUCGUUUCAAUUGUCUGCUUGGAAGAAAAAUACUCGUAACUACGAGUACCAACGAAAGGAUUCCAAUUCGAAUACCAGCGGCAGUAAAAUUCGAGAGUACUUGAUAAAAAAAGCUAUACGUAAAGCCGAAGAUGAUCUCAACCGUAGAAAACAAACCGAAUUCCUGUUGUGGUCUCACCAUGGCGGAGUAGAUCCAAAAUCGCCGAUUGGAAUCGCAGCAGCGUUCAGUAAACCCAACAGAAACGCCCUUCUGUUGGCUAAUAAUUCUAUAUUAUUAGAAUACGCUUCCAACGAGUUGCUGAAUUUGUUGCAAAAAAAGGAUUCGAUACGCAGACGAAAAAGACAGCUUUUCGACGGCGACGAUAGCAUACUCGGUAUUUCGGACGAUUUAAACGGCGAUUUUCUACAAGAUCUGGAUAUAAGCGGCCUUUUACCGCCGGACACCGCUUUCAAGAAUCUCGAAAAUGGUUGUCCCACCGAAAUCGGACCUUGCGAUCCUAACUACCCGUACAGGUCUUACACCGGUUACUGCAACAAUUUACGAAAACCGAAUUACGGAAAAAGUUUGACAACUUUUACGCGACUUUUACCGGCAGCUUAUGAAAAUGGUGUCUCGAAACCGAGAACGCGUUCGGUGAUGGGCAUCGCAUUGCCAUCAGCCAGAUUGGUCAGUUCGUUGAUGCAUUUAGACAUCAGUCAUCUACACAGCAAAUACAGCCUUAUGCUGAUGCAGUUCGCUCAAUUCGUCGAUCACGAUAUAACAUUUACGCCCGUUCACAGGGGAUUUUUUGCCUCGAUACCAGACUGCCGACCGUGCGACAGUCCGCUAACAGUGCAUCCGGAAUGUAUGCCUAUAGAAAUACCGGCCGGAGAUCCCUAUUAUCCGCAAGUAAAUUUCACCUCGGGCCAAAGAUUUUGUUUACCAUUUAUGAGAUCGCUUCCUGGUCAACAGACAUUGGGAUCGAGAGAACAAAUCAAUCAGAAUUCGGCUUUCUUGGACGCGUCGCAAGUGUACGGCGAGCACGCGUGUCAAGCUCGUCAGCUGAGAUCCUUCCAAGGUCGCCUCAACACCACCGUUUCAUUGUUCGGCGAUAAAGAACUAUUGCCGCAAUCUCCUUCGCAUCCCGAAUGCAAAGCACCGUCUGGAUAUUGCUUCAUAGCGGGCGACGGACGUGCCAGCGAGCAACCCGGUUUGACCGCAAUUCAUACGAUAUUCAUGCGAGAACAUAACCGUCUGGCCGACGGAUUACGAUUUGUAAAUCCGCACUGGGACAACGAACGAUUAUAUCAGCAAGCUAGACGAAUUGUCAUCGCCGAGUACCAACACGUAGUCUAUAACGAAUUUCUGCCCAGAUUACUGGGUCACAACGCCAUGCAUUUGUACGGCCUCAGUCUGGAACCUCAUCCGCAAUAUUUCAAAGGAUACUCGGACGAAUGCAAUCCCAGCGCCUUGUCAGAAUUCGUAUCCGCCGCAUUUAGAAUAGGUCACAGUUUACUCAGGCCGCAUAUUCCUCGAAUGUCGUCGCUGUAUCAACCCGUCGAACCGUCCAUUCUACUCAGAGACACUUUUUUCAAUCCGGACGUUAUUUAUCAGCGACAAAUCGUCGAUGAAAUUGUUCGGGGGUUGAUUUCAACUCCAGUUGAAACGUUAGAUCAAUUCAUAACGAAAGAGAUUACUAAUCAUUUAUUUGAAGAUAAAAAAAUUCCUCAUUCAGGAAUGGACUUACCAGCAUUAAACGUUCAAAGAGCUAGAGAUCACGGAGUGCCAUCUUAUAACGAAUACAGAGCCAUGUGUAAUUUGAAACGGGCAACAACGUGGGAAGAUUUUUCCAAAGAGUUGCCAUCAGACGUGAUAACUCGUUUAAAACGCAUUUAUCCAACCGUCGACGAUGUCGAUUUGUUUCCGGCCGGAAUUAGCGAGCGUCCUCAACCUGGAGGACUCGUUGGACCAACGUUCGGUUGCAUUAUAGGAAUACAAUUUAGACAAUUACGCAACUGCGAUAGAUUUUGGUACGAGACGCCCAACCCAAUAUUGAGAUUCACGCAAGAGCAAAUAGGCGAAAUUCGCAAAGCCUCGUUAUCGAAAAUUUUAUGCGAGAAUUUGGAUAUUCAAUCUCCGGUGCAAAGAUUAUCGUUGGAUCUUCCAAGCGAAGAAAAUCCCAGAUUUCCAUGCCAUACUCUACCAUCUAUAAACCUCAAAGCGUGGAAAGACACUGGACAAAGUUGCCAGUUUGGUAAUCGAGUUCUCACGAUCGGAGAAUCGUAUUUACCGACGCCUUGCACCAGUUGCAUUUGUACCCCUCAAGGAGCAAAAUGUGCCACAAUUCGCGUGACCGACUGCAGUAAAUUGAUUCAAGAAGUCGGCCAAGACGCAGUUUUAAAGGACGAUAUAUGUUCCGCGCAAUGCAGUUCUUUUCUUACCUUGAAAGACGGCGAUGCUGGUAACGUUGCGAAUAAAUUGCCUCCUCAGGGUAGAGCUGUAAAUUUCUAUCACGCUGCCGGGCUGAGGCCGCCAUCUCCGUCGACUGUACCGAGAUCUAGAAACCCAUCCAUCAGAAGUUUCAAAUUAAGAGAUUUCGCCGUUGUUGUAGGCUAAGCAUUUUCUCCCCAAAUAGUCACUCGUGUUAUUUAUUUUCUAAUUUAAAAAUGUAAAUAUUUUGUUCGAUAUUUUUCCUAAGGUUUACCUACCUACCUACCUACUUUAUUAUCGCUAGAUAUAAAAAAUCAAUCGUGUGCCAAAUAAAUUUUAUACGUACUUGA